CGGGCGCGAUCAGGGUCAAAGUUCAGAGAUUGUCCCGCGAUGGAUCUCGGCCACCCCUCCUGGGCCCAAGGCGAGGCCAGAAUUCAAAUGACUCUUAUGGUCGCCUGCCAGGCGAGCGUUGACCAAGGCCUGGAGCGAUCGAAGUGCGCCUUUCCUGGAGCUCGUCCUCGCCUGACCGGCCGGAAGCUGCACACUAAGUCGCGAGCUAAGGCCGGAGGGCGGGGCGAGCCGAGCGCCCGGCCCGCCCGCGAGCGUGCUGGAUUCCGCUAGGUGAGGCGCCCGCUGGAGUUGACGUUAGCCAUGGAAACGCCGCCGGUCCCCGACGCCACUGCAGUGAGCUGGUUUUCCCGACCGCCACAGCUUCUCUGCCUCCGCAUUCCGACCGCAGGCAGCCUCCCGGCGGGAACGCCCAACGUGAGUUUACCUGCAAAAAUGUAUUCCCCGGGAUGCCUUCGCGUAGUCUCUUCCCUCGGGUGACUCGAGAGACUGCUGUGUUACAGAAAAGGAUGUGACUUUCAGAAUAAUCCUGAGUGAGAAGGAUGAGUCCAGAUGUUCCUCUGCUGAAUGAUUACAAACAGGACUUCUUUCUGAAGCGCUUUCCACAGACUGUUCUUGGAGGCCCUCGACUCAAAUUAGGCUAUUGUGCCCCUCCUUACAUAUAUGUUAAUCAGAUUAUCCUUUUUUUGAUGCCAUGGGUUUUGGGUGGAAUAGGAACACUUUUGUACCAAUUUGGCAUCCUGGAAGAUUAUUAUACAGCGGCACUUUCAGGUGGACUGAUGCUUUUCACUGCAUUUGUCAUCCAGUUCACAAGUAGAUAUGCCAGAAACAAAUCGGUGACAGUAGAAAGAAUGCUAACCACAAAUAUCUUAGCAGAGGAAGAUGAGCAUGAAUUUACGAGUUGUGCUGGUGCUGAGACCAUCAAAUUUCUAAUUCCUGGCAAAAAGCAUAUAGUCAAUACAGUUUUUCAUUCUGUUCUUGCUGGGUUAGUGUGUGGUCUUGGAACAUGGUAUUUGCUCCCAAAUAGAAUAACACAGCUGUAUGGCAGUGCAGGAGGCACUGUUCUACUAUUUGUCUUUGGAUGGAUGACAUUGUGUAUAGGAGAAUAUUCAUUAAUUGUAAACACAGCUACAGAGACUGCGACUUUCCAAACCCAGGAUACUUAUGAAAUCACUCCUCUUAUGAGACCACUUUAUAUUUUUGUCUUUGUUUCUGUAGAUCUUGCACACAGGUUUAUGGUAAAUAUACCAGUUCUAGAACAAAUGAAUCAGAUUUUACACAUCUUAUUUGUAUUUUUACCCUUUCUGUGGGCACUCGGGACUCUACCCCCACCUGAUGCCCUUUUCUUAUGGGCAAUGGAGCAGGUUUUAGAGUUUGGCCUUGGAGGCUCAUCUAUGUCAACCCACCUACGGUUGUUGAUAAUGUUCAUCAUUUCCUCUGGAACAGUGAUAACAUCAUAUUUCAUCCCCAGCACUGUUGGUGUGGUUCUUUUCAUGACUGGACUUGGGUUCUUACUGAGUCUUAACCUAAGUGAGAUGAGUUUUCUCUUCAGACACAGUGUGACCAAACACAGAGUUGAAACCAAAUCUAAGACUUUACCCAGUGGUUUGGAAAAACAGUAUACUUGGAAGGAAUAUCUUUUCUACAUCAUUGUAUUAGUCUUGGCUCUCUUGGAAACUGGCUUGUUACAUCACUUUGCUGGUUUCUCACAUAUUUCCAAAAGCAGUCCCCAGGCUAUUGUUGGCUAUAUUUUGAUGAUAUUAUUUAUAAUAUUAUGGAUACUUAAAGAAAUUCAAAGUGUCUAUAUCUUUGGAAUUUUCCGGAACCCUUUCUAUCCAAAGGAUGUGCAAACUGUGACUUUAUUCCUAGAGAAGCAAACAAAGCUCGUGAAGAUUGGUGUUGUCAGACGGAUUUUGAUAAAUAUAGUGUCACCUUUUGCUAUGAUAGCAUUUCUUUCAAUGGACAGUUCCUUACAAAGUCUCCACUCUGUGUCUGUCUCCAUUGGAUUCACAAGAGCUUUUAGAAUGGUAUGGCAGAAUACAGAAAAUGCUUUAUUGGAGACAGUCAUUGUAUCAGCAGUGCACUUGUUGAUCUCCAGUACAGACACAUGGUGGAACAGAAGCUUAGACACAGGAAUCAGACUCUUACUGGUUGGUAUCAUGCGUGAUCGUCUGAUUCAGUUUAUCUCUAAAUUACAGUUUGCUGUGACUGUACUUUCGGCAUCCUGGACAGAGAAAAAACGUAGAAAAUCAACCACCACUUUAUGUAUACUCAACAUUGUCUUCUCUCCGUUCAUGUUGCUCUUAAUAGUUUUUUCUACACUACUCUCAUCCCCCUUACUCCCCCUCUUCACCCUUCCUUUGUUCCUGGUGGGGUUUCCUCGACCUGUUCAGAGUUGGCCAGGAGUGGUGGGCACCACAGCCUGCGUGUGUGCAGAUACAGUGUAUUACUACCAGAUGGUCCCAAGUUUGACCACUGCACUGCAGUCUGCAAUGGCAGCUGGAAGUUUAGGUCUCAUCUUACCUGGGUCUCAUUACUUGGGCCGUUUUCAGGAUCGUUUAAUAUGGAUAAUGAUUCUAGAGUGUGGCUAUACUUAUUGCUGCCUUAACAUUAAGGGGUUAGAAUUGCAAGAAACAUCCUGUCAUACUGCUGAAGCUCGAAGAGUUGAUGAAGUUUUUCAGGGUGCCUUUGAACAAGAGGAAUAUGCAAGAGUAUGUUCCAUUAAUGAACACUUUGGAAAUGUCCUGACACCCUGUACUGUUUUGCCUGUGAAACUCUAUUCUGAUGCCAGGAGUGUCUUGUCUGGCAUAAUAGAUUCCCAUGAUAACUUAAAAGAAUUUAAAGGUGACCUUGUUAAAGUACUUGUUUGGAUACUUGUUCAGUACUGUUCCAGAAGAUCCAGCAUGCAGGAGAAUGUUCAAAAAACUGAAAAUAAAGGGAAAGCAUCUCUAAUAAUCCUGCCUGCUUUGAAUUCUUCACCACAACCUGAAUCCCUAGAAGACACAGAUAGUUUAAAUUCAGAAAAUUUGGAUGACUGGUCUGAUGAUAUUUUUGGUGAGGAGCCAACUAUCAAAAAAGGAAAAGAAGAAAAAGAUCAGCUGAAAGUUUUGCCAGUUAUAAAUUUGCCUAUACCAGGAUCAGUAGAAUCACAGAGGGUAGGUAAUCAUUCUACAAGCACAGUCACUGAAAGUAGUCUUUACCAAGCAGUUGUGUUGGGAUACCCUGCUGUUGACAAAGGAGAGCAAGAAGACCGGACAUAUAUCCCUCUCAUGGAGUUCAGUUGUUCUCAUUCUCACUUGUUAAGCUUACCUGAAGAAUGGAUGUCUAACUGUUUGCCUAAUUCCAAAGUGAAGGAGAUGAGAUCGUUAUUUCCAGAAGACUGGUAUCAGUUUGUUUUAAAGCACUUGGAGUGUUUUCAUUCAAAAGAAAAUGCUUCAAGCAUAGUGGAAGAAAUUGCAAAGGACAGAGUAUUGAAAGAAUUUUAUGUUCAUGCAGUAGUGACUUGUUAUUUUAGUUUUGGAGUGGACAAUAUGACUCCUAGUCCUGGUCAUAUAUUGAGAGUUUACAGUGGCGUUUUGCCUUGGUCUGUUGCCUUGGAUUGGCUUACAGAAAAGCCUGAGCUGUUUCAACUAGUCCUGAAAGCUUUCAGGUAUACUCUGAAACUAAUGAUUGAUAAAGCAAGUUUAGGUCCAAUAGAAGACUUUAAAGAGCUGACUGACUGUCUUGAAGAAUAUGAAAGUGACUGGUACAUUGGUUUGGUGUCUGAUGAAAAGUGGAAGGAAGCAAUUUUACAAGAAAAACCAUACUUGUUUUCUCUGGGGUAUGAUCCUAAUAUGGGAGUUUACACAGGGAGAGUACUUACCCUUCAAGAAUUAUUGAUCCAAGUUGGGAAGUUAAAUGCUGAAGCAGUUAGAGGUCAGUGGGCCAAUCUUUCGUGGGAAUUGCUCUACGCCACAAAUGACGAUGAGGAACGUUACAGUAUACAAGCUCAUCCACUACUUUUAAGAAACCUUACAGUACAAGCAGCUGAUCCUCCCCUGGGAUAUCCAAUUUAUUCUUCGAAACCUCUCCAUAUACAUUUGUUUUAGAGCCCACUUUGCCCUGCAAAUGUACUAUCAUCAAGUGAGAUGUUUUUAUUUUUUCAUUCUAGAAAUGUAACAGUGUGAUUCCUCAUAACUUCACUGAACUUCCUUCUCUCCUCCCAAAAGUCAGAUGCCUGAGAAAGCUAAGCUCUAUAAAGCUCAUUUUUUAAGAUAUGCUAAUGGUUUUAAACAACAUCAACUCUAUGCCUAACAUAAAAGUUAGAAGUAGUUGGCCAAUAUUUGUGCCGUAUGGAUUGUGGUGGGCUUUGGUAAAUAUAAAACAUUUGUAUAAGAUUAUAUAAUGAGUUUUUUUAAUGCUUUUUAAGUGUGUGAUAAGUGACUUGACUUGGAGAAGUCAACAGCUGUGUAAUUUUUACAUACUUAAAGGAUAUACAUAUCAGUGUUUUUAAGUAAUGAUAAUGGAUCAUACUGAAGGUUGCAUUAUGUAUCUGUAUUUAUUUAAAAUAUAAUUUAUAGUAUUUUCAAACUUCAUGCUGUUUUAACAUUUAAUACAUUUUCAUUUUCUUUACAUAUACUGCAAUUUAGAAACCUUAAAAUUUUUAAUAAAAGCUUCCCCUUUUUUUUCCUUUUCUUUUUUUUCUAAGUGUCCUUUUUAUAUAUCCAAAAGGAAAAGGGAUCUUCCCAUUCAUCCUGUGAAUACUCACAGGACUAGCAAUAGCAAUGUUAGAGUAAUCUGAUUAUGACUAAUAUUAGAGGCCAUUCUGUCAUCUGCCUCCUUUAUUCCUUUCUUUUCAACUGAAUAUACUGCUUCUGAAGAACUACCAGUUACUUGUGUCCUGAGGUGAACUAAAGGCAGGAAGAGAUGGAGAAAAGUUUUCAGAAUGUGAUUAGGAUUUUCAUUCUUUUACUGCUUAGGAAACUAUUUACAGGUACUUGUAAGGAGGAUGAACAAUGAAUCUACAUCAUUUGAGACAUGAAUUUCCUCUACCCCUUACUUUACUGCCAUCUAUAGCACCCUUUAUUUGAUCUAUAGUGGCGUCCUAGGUUAGUAGUACAGUAAUAUAUUCUCUUUAGAAAUGAUUGAAAUUACUGGAUGUGUACCAAUUAGGUUUUUAUUACUAUUUCAUUUAUUAUGUGGAACAGUUCAAUACAGUAAUGUUAAAGGAUAGCUUUUUAGAUUAAUUUCAAUUAACAAAAUCACAAGAUUUUUGGUGUUAGUCAUUUUGGGGGAAAGCAAUAUCAUUUUGACUGCACAACAUCGAUAGAUACAACGAUUUAUUAGACUACCCCUCCCCCAAAUGGGCAUUUUAAGUUGUUUAAAGAUUUUCACUAUUAUAAUAAUGCCAGGCCAUGCUUUCCCUUUACCUUGCAUUCUUCUCAAGUUUCCUUAUCUUUAUUGACUUUUCAGACCCUUCCAGUCUGGAUUCCUUCUCUACUAUCCCCCCAAAGAAAGUUUUUAUUAAGGUCACUACCUUCAAAUUGUCAAACCAACUACAGCUGAUCUUUGAACAACGUGUAUUUGAACUGUACAGGUCUGCUUGAACAUGGAUAUUUUCCAAUUGUAAAUACUAAGGUAUUGCACAGUUCAAAGUUGAUUGAAUCCACAGAUGAGAAGCUAUUUUGCCCUCACCAACAGCCAUCUGUUCUCUGUAUCUGUGUCUGUUUUUGUUUUAUUUUUUAGAUCCCACAUAUAAGUGAGAUCAUGUGGUAUUGGUGUUUUAUUUCAUUUAGCAUAACAGCCUCUAGAUCCAUCCAAGUUAUCCCAAGUGGUAGGAUUUUGUUUAAUGACUGAGUAAUGGUUCAUUUUAUAUGUAUAUAUAAUAAACAUCUUUAUCUAUUCAUCAGUUGA